CGAUCAGGUAUCUGUCACAAAUACUCCGACGCUCAAUUCAGUAAGAGGCAAUAUUAAUGGUGUAAUAAAUGUUCAGAAUCCUCUUUACCUGUCAAUAGUGCUCGCUAUUUAUAGGCUUUUAUCAUGGGCCGUGUUUAGUGAUUUUUUAAUCACGGCCCAAUCUAGGCCCAUUCUUAAUAAUUGCAACUUACAUUAAUUAAUCAUACCAAUGUUUAACCUCUUAAUGGCCGUCCGGGCAUAGGUUUUGCAUGGUCCUGUGCCUGGUCGUCCGGUCAUAGGUUUUGCAUGGUCCUGUGCAUGGUCGUCCGGCCGUUUCGGCUGAUCUUAAAUAUUGCUGAUGUGGCUUUUGGAUUUUGGUUUCUUUGGUUCGUCCGGCUCAACCAGUCGACCAGUACAUUAGGCCCCCCAAGCCCUAGUAACCGGUGUGACGUUGGGCUUGAAAAUGCUUCGUCUGCGAAUGGAGCGCUAUUUUGAAAUUAGGUUUAGGCGGGAAACACACGUGUCGAAUGGGGGUGCUUUCGACGUGGGGAAGUGGAAUCGCCCUUCAAUCUGAGUAUUCUUUUUCCCUCAGGUAAUAAUGUCUUCAGCCAGUAUGUAUUCCUCAGAGGAGUCCGCGGGUCAGGGCGGCGUGGUUAGGGCGGGCGGUGCAGAGGGUGGCACGUCAACGGGUCCCGGUAUUUCAGGUGCCCGUGCGUCGGGGAUGGUGGUGCGGUCUCCUGAUGAAGUUUUGUCGUCGUUUCUUGAGGGGUCAGAUGAUUCGGGGCCUUCCUCACCUGUGUAUGGAGGAGAGCGGAUAGUAAAUGGGAUCGGGUUAUUCUUGUUGCGUGGCGGUAUUCGGGUUGACUCGGAAAUGCCCGAGCCCGCUGGUGGAUGGCCAAGAAUCCAAGGGUACCGCUGGGCGUCACCAGACGUCGAUCUUUAUACUUCGGAUUUUGGCACUCGCGCAGAACUUUUGUGGUGGUCCAAGCGGUCACAAGUUGCAAGGGAUGUCGAAGACGCCCGGUUUUUUCGUUUGGGGGUCAGUCAUCCAAAUGAACGUGUCUUCCAUGGGAAGGGUAAUUGUAGUGAGGAUUUUUUCUUUGUAUAUACUUAUAUGUUCGACCAAUUGUACGUCCGGAUUUCCUUUACCUCGUUCCAAGCUUCAGUUCUUCAAGAGUUAAACAUCGCCCCAAGCCAGUUCCAUCCGAACGGUUGGGCCGCCAUCCAGGCUUUUACUUCCCUGUGCGCCGCCGUUGGAGUGCCUCCUAUGGUGAAGGUCUUUCUUCAUUACUUUAACGUCCGUCCAUUACCUCGACGCGGUUGGGUAUCGCUGUCAUCGGUAUCCGACUGGACGCUGUUUAAAUUCUUUUCAGAGUCGUUUAAAAAUUUUAAGACAAGGUAUUUUAAGGUGAUAAUAAAAGGAUCGGGCCGUUCGGAAUUCUUCGACGACGGAGCUCCAAUGUUUCCUUUUUAUUGGACUCAGGAUCUGCGCCGAAUGAAUGCCUUCGCUAUCGGCCGUAUGAACCCUGAGGAACGCGACGUUGUCAGGGUGAUCAAUGACCUGUCCCGCCGCCUUAAAGCCCGCGGCUUCGUUGAUAGCUUGAAAUAUGAGGAUUUUGAUCAAAUUGCUUUCGGUACGCUUAUCUUUCUGAUUAUUUUUCCUUUUUCGUUGUUUUAACUUAGCUGAAUUUGAUU